AUGGAGAAAAUUGCGAGUAAUCUUGACAUACAGACAGAAAAACUGAUGUUAGACCAGGAAGUAUACGAAAGGAAUGCAGAACAGUUGGCCAAACGAGAAAAGGCUCUGGAUGCACAGGAACAACGUCUAAACAGACUCGAGGAAAUUCUAGAAGAACAUAAAGAAGUGUUCCUGCAGUGGGAAGUGGAUCUCCAGGCAGCACAAGAAGAACUGAAACGAGGUAAAGAGGAGUUGCAGCAACGGGAAGACGACCUGAAUAUGAAACAGAAGAUUUUAGAGGAAAGAGAAGAAGAGUUGAAGCAACUGGAAGAAAAUAUGAAACAAGUAAUGCAAGAGUGCCAGGAAUUGGAAGAUGAUGUGACGUUAAUGACCAAGAUAUUGCAGCAGGAAAAGAGUCUGUCAAAGAGAAAGGAGCAUCUUGAUGUCUGGCGAGUUUCCCCCAACUCGUCAGGAUGA